AUGUAACAAAUUACUACUUAAAACUUGUUUUUUUGGUCUUUCAAAUAUUUCACAGAUCUUUCUAAAAGAGAUUACUGGAAACACAGAUACAUAACUGAUACCUUCAUUUUCUUUUUUUACAUACAUACCUUUAUUGAGCCAACUUCAGUUUUAAAAAAUUCUAUAGUAUCAGCAAAGUCUACUGUAUGUUUUUGCCUCAAAUAUCAACAUGAUCAACAAUUACCUAAUUAUUUCUACUACGUGGUAAUAACUUACAUUUGUAUAACAUUAUUAAAGUCUUCAAGUUAAUCACACAAUUGCUAAGUGAAUUACUUUUGGUACAAGAAAAAAAUCAAUGUUUAAAGCCAGGCACAGUGGCGUGAGAGUGUGGUCCCAGCACUUCAGAGGGUGAGGUGGUGCCUUGUUACCAGGUAAGACUGGGGAGCUUCACCUGAGAUUUGAGCAGCCCAAAAAAGAGACGCAGAGCUAUGGGCUGGUAAACAUCUUUUAUGUAACUACGUAGCUACAGUCCAUCUGGUAGCUGCUUUUGCAGCCCCCAGCCAUGGUGUGUUUGUAGCAGUCCUCAGACCCCUGGCCAGUCUAUUCUCACAGCAGUCCUUGGACUCUUUAGUGCCCCUUCUCACAGCAGUCCUCAGCUGGUUCGUCUACAUUUAUACCAAAAUAAUGUGCCAGAAACAACUUUGGUUAUGUAAGUUAUUUACACAGCCAGCACUGACCCAGGCUACAGAAGGUAUUUAUUUUGGUGUAUGGGGCAGUGUGCCUGUGCUGGAACUUACUAACCCACUGUAUCCUAGAUUGCCUUCUCUUCACAGCCUGAACCGAAGUACUUCCAUCUUGCACUUUCAUGUUUCCCUACAAGUGGGAGGGUCUCUAGUAUGUAGGAGUUCAAAAUCAGCCUGGGCAACACAGUGAGAUGCCUCAAAAGAAGUAAAAAAGAAAAAGUCAAUGCUAAGAAAUGCUGGCAGUUGUUCAGUCUUUAUAUUGACCUUUAAAAGUCCAUUCUAAAAAAAAAGUAUACUUUUUUCAUGAAACAAUCCUUUGGUGAGGUAAUUAUUCUUCAAUUUGCAAUUUGCCUUUCACAAACAUCAGCAACAAGUUGGUUAGCCAUGAGUCUUCCCUUGUUUUGACUGCCAACUGGAAGCAGUUUGUACUUUGUUGAUUAUUUGCAAGAAUAGAAAAGAAAUCAAAUUACAACACAGUGCCUUUGGGGGCUACAUCUAUAAUUCCAGCUACUUGAGUGGCUGAGGCAGGCAGAUCACUUGAACCCAGGAGUUUGAAACCAGUUUGGGAAACAUGAUGAGACCUUAACUUAAAGUAAAAAACUGGUUCAGUGGUAGAGUUCAGUACCAUGUAUGGCAAGAAAAAAUGUAAUCUGACUUCUUCCAUAGACAUUUUAUACCGGGAGUUAAGAGAAAAUUUGAUUAACAUCUACACAAAGACCUGAAAGAGAUGUGGGGAAGAACCCUAAAGUUAUUUAAUAAAUAUUUUUUUCUGGCAGAUUCACAGGUCCAGUAGCAAGAGAGGAUUUGAUAUGUUCAACAAAUUUCAAGGAGGCAAAAUAGGAUCACUUGACAAUGGAGUUAACAUUCUAGUACAUGCAAAAAAAAAAAAAAAAAAGUCUAUACACAUAUAUAACCUUUCUGGAAAAAGAAUAAAACUUUUAAAAUUAAAAGGAAUGCUAAAUACUGUAACAAUACUCUCAUAGAAGUAUCAACGUUUUCAACUCUAUAAAUUUAACUCAAUGCCAGUCUAAUCCCAUAGAACCUUAUUAGAUAGUUCCAGAAAUGUUUAACCUAACAAAGGGCCAAGAUAAAAAUUUUUCAAGUCAAGGUCAGGGGGAUUUGGUGUAUAGAUUCAUAACUUACUAUAAACUUACAAGUAAGGUAUGGUUUUGGUCGUUAUGGAGAAUUUAGCCAAACAGAAAACUAAGGCCAGAAAAGAUCCCUAUAUCCAGACUUCCUUUUUUUUUUUUCACAGAGGUGCCACUGCUGGUCGAUGAGGAAAUGAAAAUGUACAGUACUCAAAUAGUGCUGACAUUACUAGUUGAAUGGAAUAAUGAAAUUGGACUGGACUCAAUACCAGAUAAAGACCUCAGCGCGAAUGUCUUCACUUCUUCGGUAUUCCUCAGCUUUCUGUCCUCCAUCACUUUCAAACAACGUGUAACACAGACAGGAACCACCCGCGAGCUCUCCCGGCCUGCUGGGCUCCACCGGAAGCGCUCCCCGGCGGCCCCACCGGAAGCGCUCCCGGAGGCCCGCGGCGCCUGCUCAGGCCUAGCGUCGUUCCGGAGACAGAGGCAGGAACUUCGCUGCGCAUUGUGGGAGCCCAGGCUUUGCUUCCGCCCGAUCGCGGCGUCUGUGCUGCGUUUGUUCCUGGGCUCCGGGAGACCCGCUCUGCUCGCCGCGGAGGCGCGUCUGCUUCUCCCCCGGCUGUCCCCCCGCCCUCGCCGCCGGCAUGUCUGGCGUGCGCGCUGUGCGCAUCAGCAUCGAGUCGGCCUGCGAGAAGCAGGUGCAGGAGGUGGGCCUGGAUGGCACGGAGACGUACCUGCAGCCGCUGUCCAUGUCGCAGAACCUGGCGCGGCUGGCCCAGCGUAUCGACUUCAGCCAGGGCUCGGGCUCCGAGGAGGAGGAGGCGGCGGGGGCGGAGGGCGACUCGCAGGACUGGGCGGGCGCCGGGCCCGGUGCGGAGCAGGACGACGAGGAAGGGUUGGUAAAAUUUCAACCUUCCCUUUGGCCUUGGGACUCCGUGAGGAACAAUUUAAGAAGUGCCUUAACAGAGAUGUGUGUUCUCUAUGAUGUUCUCAGUAUUGUUAGGGAUAAAAAGUUUAUGACUCUGGAUCCUGUCUCUCAGGAUGCACUUCCUCCAAAACAGAAUCCUCAGACAUUGCAGCUGAUAUCUAAAAAGAAGUCACUUGCUGGAGCAGCACAAAUCCUGCUGAAGGGGGCAGAAAGACUGACUAAAUCAGUUACUGAAAAUCAAGAAAACAAGCUACAAAGAGACUUCAAUUCUGAGCUUUUGAGGUUGAGGCAACACUGGAAACUUAGAAAAGUUGGAGAUAAAAUUCUUGGCGAUCUGAGCUACAGAAGUGCAGGAUCUCUCUUUCCUCAUCAUGGCACAUUUGAAGUAAUAAAAAAUACAGAUAUUGAUCUGGAUAAGAAGAUACCGGAAGAUUACUGUCCCCUUGAUGUCCAAAUUCCUAGUGAUUUAGAGGGGUCUGCAUAUAUAAAGGUUUCCAUUCAAAAACAAGCUCCAGACAUAGGUGAUCUUGGCACAGUUAACCUCUUCAAACGACCUUUCCCCAAAUCUAAACCAGGUUCCCCCCACUGGCAGACAAAAUUAGAAGCAGCACAAAAUGUUCUCUUGUGUAAAGAAAUUUUUGCACAGCUCUCUCGGGAAGCUGUUCAAAUUAAAUCACAGAUCCCUCACAUUGUGGUGAAAAACCAGAUUAUCUCUCAGCCCUUUCCAAAUUUACAGUUAUCUAUUUCUUUGUGCCAUUCCUCAAAUGAUAAGAAGUCUCAAAAAUCUGCUUCUGAGAAACAAAGUCCAGAAGACCACCUCUAUGUUUUAGAGCAUAAUUUACAUCUACUGAUCAGAGAGUUUCAUAAACAGACCUUGAGUUCCAUCAUGAUGCCACAUCCAGCAAGUGCACCUUUUGGCCACAAGAGAAUGAGACUUUCAGGUCCUCAAGCCUUUGAUAAAAAUGAAAUUAACUCAUUACAGUCCAGUGAAGGGCUUCUGGAAAAGAUAAUUAAACAAGCAAAGCAUAUUUUCCUGAGGAGUAGAACUGCUGCAACCAUUGACAGCUUAGCAAGUCGCAUUGAAGAUCCUCAGAUACAGGCUCAUUGGUCAAAUAUCAAUGAUGUUUAUGAGUCCAGUGUGAAAGUUUUAAUCACGUCACAAGGUUAUGAACAAAUAUGCAAGUCCAUUCAGCUUCAGUUGAAUAUUGGAGUUGAGCAAAUCCGAGUUGUACACAGAGAUGGAAGAGUAAUUACACUGUCUCAUCAGGAACAGGAGCUACAGGAUUUUCUUCUGUCUCAGAUGUCGCAGCACCAAGUGCAUGCAGUUCAGCAGCUCGCCAAGGUCAUGGGCUGGCAGGUGCUCAGCUUCAGUAACCACGUGGGGCUGGGGCCCAUCGAGAGCAUCGGCAAUGCCUCUGCCAUAACUGUGGCCUCCCCAAGUGGAGACUAUGCCAUUUCAGUUCGUAAUGGACCUGAAAGUGGCAGCAAGAUUAUGGUUCAGUUUCCCCGGAACCAGUGUAAAGACCUUCCGAAAAGUGACGUUUUACAGGAUAGCAAGUGGAGUCAUCUUCGUGGACCAUUCAAGGAGGUCCAGUGGAGUAAGAUGGAAGGUCGAAACUUUGUUUAUAAAAUGGAGCUGCUUAUGUCUGCACUUAGCCCUUGUCUACUAUAAUUUUUGUAGAACAAUUUCCAGGAUUUUUUUUUUUUUCAGAGACAUUUCAAGAAGCUUUGAAUUGAAUUAACUAUAAGCACAAAGAAUAAAUCUUUUCAAGAAAUAUUGUCUUAAAAAAAAUAAUUAGGGCUGGUAUGAUGACGCACACUUGAUUCCAGUACUUGUAAAAUAGAGGCAGGAGUAACAAGACCAGCCUGGGCAACCUUAUGAGUGAAAUCAAGACUAGUUUGGACUACAAAGUGAGACUAUGUCCAAAAAAUCAAACAAGCAAAACAAAAAAAACUAACAAUAGUAAUUAAUAAAUUUUUACCUAGCUAUUUGAAACUUUUCUCUUUAUAAAUGAUAAGUACUUUGAAAUACAGAGUUAUGUACAGUUGUGGAUGUACCAUAUGGGGAGAUGUGAAAUAGUACUUUUUUAUACAGUUAACCUGAAAAUGUUAGUAACUUAUGAGUAUGAAUGUGCAUUUUAAAAUCUCUUUGAUAUAUCAAAUAAAGUGUAUAGUUAAAAAUCUUCCAAGUA